AUGGCGGACGCCCUCCUCCUCCUCCUCCUCCUCCUCCGCCCUCCCUUGCCUGCCUCUCACCUUUGUUUCUCCCUCCCCUUCCUCUCUCUCUCUUCCCUUCCCUCCCGAGGCAGCGGGACAGAUACAAACUGUAGGUUCCAAUGCAACUCAACUUCUCCGGCUAUAUACCUCUUUGAUGAGAUGCGGGAUCCCAAGGUCUGCUUGCCAAGUGGACAGCCACUGCCACCGUUGUUUGACUUCUCAGAAGCGGUUUUUAAGUGCUGGGAGCUAAUAGAUGGAUUUUCUUCCUCUAUUGAACUGAAGGGACAGAUACAAACUGUAGGUUCCAAUGCAACUCAGUAA